AUGAAGGGGUCUUCCACCCCUGGAACCCCCAGUCAAAAAAGCAUAAAGCGCCGGAGAGCAGAAAAAUCACGAUUGAAUGCUCUUGAAAAGAAAGUAGAACUGCUCCUGAAUGAAACCGACGCCAUCCAGGACCAAAACAAGACCCUCCGAGGCCAAAACGAGCAUAUCGAGGAACGGCAGAUUGGCCUCCAGGCGAAACUGCGAAGGACCCAGAAGAAGGUCAUCAGGGACUCCUGCCGCACCAGGAGGGUGGAACGUCGCCUAUUCGGCGAAGAGACGGCGUCCACGCGGUUGCCCCAAGAUGGCCACAUCAGCCCUAGUAGUGCUCCGGCGGAAACCAGCCAUGAAGGGGACUACUCCCGUGGAGGACCCGCCCCGUGGCGAGGAGACGAAGCCGACGCGGGCGCUGCCCCCCCGACGAUCACCGACACCGAGCCCGACCUACGGGAAGCCAUGAGGGCCAUGAUCAAAGGGGAAAUGGGGAGUGUCUGGGACUGA